AUGAAGUUCUCUCUUUGCCUCCUUCUUCUUUGCUGGGGACUUUCAUAUUGCUUUUCCACAAAAGACCCAAAGCUGGACUCUGAAUGGGAAUCAUGGAAGACCACAUAUGGCAAGAACUAUUCUGAGAAAGAGGAAUCUUUCAGGAGAGGGGUGUGGGAGAAGAACCUGAAAUUCAUUAAUGAUCACAAUCGCUUGCAUAAGGAGGGAAAGAUAACCUACUAUCUGGGAAUGAAUGCUUUUGGGGACAUGACUAUUAACGAAACUGUGAGAAUGUUGAGCAUCGCAACAGCACCAGCAAGGAUAAGAAGAGAUACAAAGCUCAAAACAUCAACUUUUCCUGACCUUCCUACAAGUGUGGACUGGAGAGAGCAUGGCUUCAUGACCCCUGUUAGAGCUCAGUGGACAUGCGCUUCCUGCUGGGCAUUCAGUGCAGUUGGAUCUCUGGAAGGCCAGCUCUUCCGGAAAUCAGGCAAACCUUUGGAAAUGAGUAAACAAAUGCUGAUUGACUGUGAUAGACGCCAAAGCUGUCGAGGGGGAAGUGUCAUUUUGGCUUUCAAGUAUAUGAAAAAAAAAGGCAUUGUCUCUGAGCAAUGUUAUCCUUAUAAGGACAAGAAAAAUCAGUCGUGCUUGAACAAAACAUGUCCAGUUACUCAAAUCAAGAAAUACGUGGUCCUCCCCUCUGGAAAUGAACAAGCUCUGAUGCGUGCUGUGGCAAAUGUUGGACCAGUGUCUGUGACAGUUCAUGCCAUACGCUCUUUCUUCUACUAUCGAGGAGGUAUGGAAUCAGCUAUGAUGCCAGUCAGAUAUGCUGACAAAAAUUAA